GGCGAGCUGCAUUGUUGCCGUUUCUUCCGUUCUGGCGAGCUUCCGGCGAGCUGCAGUGAGACAGGAUACAAUGAUGGAGAACGUGUACAUAUAUUUUAAAUGCAAAGGUCGCACGUAUAGCUUGAUGAUGAAUACAUCAGGGGGAAAAAUAACUCUCUCCAUGUUAGAAAGUAGGAUAUGCACGAAGCUUGGAUUAGAUGAAAGUAAGGUUAAAUUGCAAAUGAGGUACAAUGCAGUGCUGUUGGGACCAAUUGAAGAGAUUUACAUUAGUGAUGAUGAGAAUGUAGGUGUCUAUAUAUCUUCAGGUGAAAAUAACCGUAGAUAUGUUUUGAAUGUGGACGUCAUCACUCCACCAGAAUUGCCCGAGCAACUGUCGAGAGUGGAGCUCCUCAAUAAAAGUUCUGUUGGUAAGAACUAUGCGGAAUUGGAUUCAAAUGAGGAUGAAAUAAGAGAUAGUGCUGCCAUCGUUUUGUGCGAAUGCGAGGAACAAGGAACAGAACCAAAUGAGGCAAUAAUGGAGGUUGAUGAUACUCAAGAUCUUGAGAUUGGAUCACGUGAUGAAUCUAUGGAUAGAUGUGAUGAUAGGGGUGAUGAAUACGUUGAGCCACCGCCCGUUGUAGAACCUGGUCAGUUUAAAAAAGAAUGGGAAGACGGUAUUGGACUGAUUUUACGAAAAGAAUUUCCAAGCAGGGCGGCAUUGCAGGAAGUGGUGGACAAAGGUGCAUUUGCUAACAGUUUUGGUUAUGUUAUUAAAAAGUCUGAUAAGGAGCGGUAUGUCCUAAGGUGUUCUAAAGAAAGCUGUGCUUGGCGUAUACGAGCUUCAAAUAUUCGGAAUACAAGUAUUUACUCGAUUAGAAAGUUCAACAAGAUGCAUACUUGUACCCGGAUAAGUAAGAGUAGUACAAGGAUGAGGAAGAGGAAAGGUACCCCUGAAUUAGUAGCAGCUCUUCUUCAUGAUACUUUUCCAGGACAAAUGGAAACUCCAGUUCCUAAGGUUAUCAUGGAGCUUGUUCAGACGAAAUUAGGUGUGAAGAUAUCGUACUCCACCGCAUUGAGAGAGAAAAGGCAAGCCAUUUGUGAUUUAAAAGGUAGCGCGGAAGAUAGCUACAAGGAUAUCAAUUGUUAUUUGUACAUGUUGAAGAAGUUGUACCCGAUACUCCAGAGUGGUAUUUAUGAGUGACAGAAAUUCAUCCCUCAUCAAAGGCAUAUGUAAUGUGUAUUAUGCGGCUCAUCACGGGUAUUGUAUUUGGCAUUUAUCUCAAAAUGUGAAAGGUCAUGCCUCUAACGUCAACAGAGACGUAGUCGCAUGGAGAUUCAUGGAGUUAAUUAAGUCGGGUUUACACC